CAGCGCGCAUCACAGUCCGUAUCACUGGGCUGGAGUAGCGCGUCCAGGAGCAGCCCUGCACUGGGCAUCUUCAGCCACAUUGCCCAGGACAUCCUGUUCUCUGUCUUCAAAGUCACAAAGAGUUCAUGUUUUCUGUCUGUUCUUUCAGCCUGCAGUGUCACCCCAAUCCAGUUUUCCACUUUGGUGAAAGGGUGCAGGAUUCCCGUACAUUGAUAUGGUUUUCUUCAAGACACCCAGCUUCUUCCAACUUGGUGCUGAAUUAUAAUCUUAAGAUCUACUGCAAGCAAACACAAGAGCAACAUCCAAUAAUUGAUUUCAUCUCCUUCCAUCUUCAAGAAGCUAACCAAAUAACUGUUUCCUCAGUGAAGCUGCCAAUGUAUUCUGCAGGAGUAGAGAUCCUUGGGGUGACCUUGUGCGCGAUGGGCUGGCUAGGCGCUAUGACUGCAUGUGGCCUGCCCAUGUGGAGGGUGACGGCCUUCAUUGGCCAGAACAUUGUGGUAGCACAGGUUAUCUGGGAGGGCCUCUGGAUGAACUGUGUGGUUCAGAGCACAGGGCAGAUGCAGUGCAAAAUUUAUGAUGAGAUACUAGUUCUUCCACAGGAUAUUCAGGCAGGACGUGCCCUCACCCUAUUGUCCAUCUUGACAGCUUUCUUUGGGAUACUGAUUUUCAUUGUUGGAGCAAAAUGUACCAACUGUAUGGAGGCCACUGAAAUUAAACCAAAGAUCAUUGUCACCGCUGGAAUUGUCUUCAUAAUUUCAGGGUUCCUGAUGAUCAUCCCUGUUUCCUGGUCUGCCAACACUAUUGUCAUGCAAUUCAAUGACCCAGAUCUAGAAGAAGAUCAGAAAAGGGAAUUUGGGAAUUCGUUAUAUUUUGGAUGGGCUGCUGCUUGCCUUUUAUUAUCUGGAGGAGCUCUGCUCUGUUGUUCCUGUCCUUCAAAAAUGCCUAAACAUAAACCAUCCCAAGUGACCUUUAAGUCAGUAAAGUCUGCAGAUACUACUAGCUACAGCAAGAAGGAGUAUGUGUGAGCAAACUAUUAGUCUGAUAGACCAUAUCAUGGCUUCAUGGUGAACACAGAUCAAUCUCAAAUGACGAGUCAAUGUACAAGAUGUCCCCUCUCCUACUCCCUCGAGCAAUAUAGCUAAUACUCCAUUUCUGUAUCUAAAGUGUUAAUUGUUCUUGUGCCUUUGAACAUAUAGAAUUAGACUACAAGCAACUUAUGUUUGCAGAUGAUAGACAGCACCAAACUGUUAAGGAAUAAGGACAGGGCCACCCACACAAUGGCCACAAAAUAAUGUUAAAUAAUGGCACUUUUACAUGAACAAGGGCACAACAAGCAUGCAAGGUGAAGGUUAAUUUAACAUUAACCCACCCUAUCUGUCCAGCCAUAAAGAUUCCAAAAAAAGAACCCAGCAAUAAAACCAAGUAGUUUGUGCUAAAACAAACAGCAACAGAUGUGCCUCAGCGUAUGUGGGGGUGGCUGUUGAGAGACAGAGGAGAAGUGAGAUACUUCAGAUAAAGAAAGCCAAAAGUAGGCUACUCAGAGAAUGUGAAUGUUUUCAAGGAUACAUGACAGAGAUAUGAUUCAGCUGCUGCAUCAAAAAUAAAUCACAAUUACAACAUCAGUGCACUUGUCUAGCUGUUUGUGCCUUUCGAAAUUCUGCUGAUGACAUUUCAGAUUUUACAUUACACAUUUCCUUUCCGCCUCCUUAUUGAUAUGAAUGUCUAUAAGCAUUGAAUCAGAAGUGUCUGCCUUGCUGAAGUCCAUGUGUCUUCAUACACUGAUUAACAUGUUUGCUUUGUUAGUGCUAACUGCUGACAGCCUGGUGGAUUAUAACUCUGUGCUUCUUUAAAUAGUCUGUUCUUGUUAUUAAGUAUUGCAAAAUGAUCAG